UCUAGAAGAAAAGGCGAAUUUUCGCAAGCCCGCGAUGCCGGACAAGAUCGUCACCGUCUCAUCCUCCUCCCACUUCGACAAGCUCAUCUCGUCGUCGACCUACACAAUCGUCGACUUCUACGCGGAUUGGUGCGGGCCAUGUAAGCAAAUCGCGCCCGUCUUCGCCAGCCUCGCGGAGAAAGAGAGUAAACCCGGGCGCAUACAGUUCGUGAAGGUCGAUGUGGAUAGUCAGCAGGAAGUGGCACGGAAGUAUGGGGUCAGCGCGAUGCCGACCUUCCUUGUAAUCAAAGGAACAUCCGUCGUCGAAACCCUCCGUGGCGCCAAUCCCUCUGCCCUCACAGCUGCCGUGCGUAAAGCCGUGGCCGAUAGUGCGAAUGGGCCUGCCGCUCGCGGUACACAUUUCCAGUCUAAAGGAUAUACCCUUGGCUCGGCCACACAGCCAAGCCGUCCGGUGGGCCAGGGCGCCUUCGCAGGCUUACAGAGCAUGCUGAGUGGGAAUGGAGGAUUUGGAGAUAAGGUGGUACGGUUCUUUGCGCUGUAUUUCAUCAGCCUGUUAUCGUUUGACUCGUAUCGCUCGGCGGAGCAGAGUCCCUUUGCAGUGAGGGGACGGAGGUAGGAUGUAUAUAGAGGAGGGUUUGGCAUCUGUAUCAAAGCGCGGGAGUUUAUGGACUGACAGUGGUCAAGGACACGGGCGUUUUGUGGGCAACGGAAUAUGAUCUAUAGGUACCAAAUGUUCCUUCUUCCUUCUUUUCGACGAUAUCAGGAUCUCUUUGAGCGCUUGAAAUGCAGUCACGAGAACAAAUCACCCUGCAGAUCGGCAAUAGAUCCUCAUGAUGAUUGCAGAUGGCCUGUGUAAAGGAACAAACGAACCUCAGACAUGUGCCUUUCCCAGCUGCCACUCCCAAAACCUAUAUUUGUUGGCAUGAUCCGCCGAUCC